AUGCGAGUGUACGGGCUCUACGGCUGGGCUCCGUUCUCCCACCGGGAGCUCCAGAAGAAGCUGUCGUCUCCGCAGCGUAAGCCCCAGCGGAAGAUCCUCUCCGCCGCGGAGGCCAAGCUGCGGCAGGAGAGGAAGUAUAAGGAGGCGAAUCUGAGCAUCUUGAUGGUCCCUAUAUGGUCGAACAGAGUCGUAUUCGGUUACUACUUGAUACCGGUGUACGCGGCCGAGGCUAGUGGCGCUGAGAUGGUGGCGGAGCUCAAUCGGGCGCAGCUAGCGAGCGGGGUCACGGAGAAGCUCAAGCAGCAUGAGGAACGCGCGAGGGGUGUGCGGUUCCGCAAAGAGGAGCAGCUUCUUAAGGCCGAGGAGGAAGCAAAGAGGAAGAUGGAGGGGGCCGACGCCAGGAGGAAGGAGCACCGCAGGGGUAUCGUCAGGAAGGCUAACGAUGCCAACUCAAAGGUGGAGGAGGUGCUUUUCAUGAACAAGCUGACUGUGGAGGACCUCAAGAUUACGCUGCAGAUGAAGCUCGCUGAGGUGGAUCGCCGGAUUCAGUCCGGCAGGGCGCGAAGGCAGCAACUGCUGGCGGGCAUCUCCGACCGGCAGAGGAAGCGGACCAGGGACAAGGCGGCCCAGAUGAGCGAGAGGCGGCUGGAGGCUGAGUCUGCCGCGAACCGGCACACUCAGGCUCGGGAGCGGAGAGAGGCGAUGCUGCAUCACCCGGCGAGGGUGACCGCACCGGCAACGGUGACCGGCAAGUCCAAGGGCGGCGGAACGGCGGUGUGGAUCGACAGUAGACACAAGGGGGCGAUGGAUGCCGCCGCCCCCGCCACUACCGCCUCUGCUGACAAGAACAAUAGCAGGAACACUCGCAACGACGGCAGCGGCAACGCUCGCAAUGUCAAUGACGAGAACGACACCAACGACGAGGUGGACUUUCCGGAAGGUAAGCCUCGCCCCGAGUCAAGCCGGACGCCGAGGAAUGUGUCCGUCCGGGGCCCUGCGGCGGCGAUGUACGAAGACCCACCCCCGACUCAAGCCCCAAGCGCAGCGCUCCUGCUGGCGACGACUGCCUGUCCCAGGAGAGGAAGGGCGCAGAAAAAGCGAGCGAGGAAAGUCAAGGAUAAUCUGCGGCAGCUCUGCGUGGAGGCAAGCACGACGGGACCGACCGCGACGGCGGUAGCACCGUGGCCGCGGCUUGAGAAGGCGGCGGGGGAGCUGGCCGAGCUGGCGCUGGCAAAGACGCAGGUGGUGAAGAGCCACGCGGUGGCCCAAGCCGCGACACCGCCUGCUGAUGCCCCAGCGUCUCGCCUAGCGCCGGCUGCUGCUGUUCUCUUGGCCGCAAGUACAGAACAGCCAUCACUUUCGAUGCCAACGAGUCCCGUUGGCCUCCUGUCCGGUGUGAACAGCGGCGAUGUCAUAACGGCGGUGGUGGCUGCGGGAGGGACGACGAUGGACGAAAAUGUUGGAUGCCCGUGUAAAGGCAGGGCCGCCGCGCUGAUCGCCGAGGUUAACGCCGAGGACGGGGCCCGCUCCGGCGAUGGGGGGGGGGGAGGCAGCGGUAGCAGUAGCGGCGCCGACCAGCUUUCAGCCCGAGGAGAAGGAGGACGGCUCCUCCGGGGCAGGCACAGGAAAACGCGGCGAGGUAAGCGCGCGGGAGGCGUCAUCAAUCGUCGCCGCGGGGCGAAGGCACGAUCCGCCGCCGCCGCCGCGGCUAUCGCCGCCUUGGGUACACAAGAGAUGGAUUCACAGUCUCCGGUAUGUUCGGCGGUGGCUUCCGGGGGUGUCGAAGAUGGCGGUGCGGGAUGCGAAGUUAAGCCAGGCAAUGGAGCAGGAGAAGAGGACACGAAAGGCGAGGUGGUGGCGGAGGGCGGCUAUGACAUUGCCGAGGAACGAGAAGGAGGAGGAGGAAGAGGAGGAGAUGCAGAAAGCUUAGCUGAAGCGGGCGCAGCAUCACUGUGCACCGCUGAUACAAGCACGCCGCCAUCGCCGCACGCGAGCGCGGAGUGCAGGCCAAUGAGGGACACCCCGACCAAGAAGAGAAAGAAUCGUCGAGCACACACCCCACAGCAACAUCAUACCCCUGCCACCGAAGAACAAGGCAGCAUCGUGACCGGCAAGGAGGAAAAGGGAGCCGCUGCUGACAGCGGUACGGCGGGAUGCGCCGGCGGAGUCACGCCGUGGUCGGAAGACGAUGCGAUGGGCAUCGGUAGCAGGGGGAGCCCUCCUGGUGGCGCUCCUGUAACACGCCACCAGUUACGGUCGUCAUCUCAGGGGAUGGCGGCUAUAGAAGCCGCGGCGUGGAGGUCAUUGCGCGACCUUCAAGCCAUGUGUCCCGCUGCUUCUGCUCCCUUCCCUUCGCGGGCGGUGUCUUUCACGGACGUCUUUUCCGCCCCCCCGUCUGCCAACGGCGGUGGUUACUCCGCCGUCGCCGGGGCCACGACAACGGCGAACGAAAACAUGGCCCAACGGCUGCGCUCUCAAGCGAAGUCGCGCGGGGUGCUAGAUUCUCUCGUUGCCAUCUGUGCGCCGUUUCCGUGGACGCCGGUUGUGCCUCAGCUCAACGCGGCGGCGGCCUCCGAGCAAGAGCCGGAUGCUGCAGCGACUGCCGCUAACCCCGGUGUGGCGAACGCUUGCUCGACGGGAUUACCGCCCUCAUCCUGUUCCUCCUCGCCUUCUACUCCCUCCACUGCUGGUGCUAGCACUGGUGCUGGCCGUGCUCCUGCUGCUUCAACUCUAACUGCGUCCAUGGCCUUCCCUUCUCCUGCUGGUUCAACGCCAACUGCACCCGGGGGUAAUGGCGGAAGUGGGGGACAAGACCAGGGAAACAGAGUGAAGGAGGAAACCGCCGCGAGCGGCGAGGGCGCCGCCGCGAGCGCCGCCGCCGGCGAAGGGAACGGCGGCGGGAGGGAGGCGAUGACGGAGUCCGCGCUCGAGGUUCUGCUCGCGUCGUUGGCGGACGAGCCAGGCAAUCGGGAUCACGUGCUGAGGAUCGACGGGGGGGCGCCUCUUGUGGACUGCCUGUUUCGUCUCCUGGAGCGGGCAACAAGGCACGGCGAUACCACGAAACGUCCCGGCCCCCGCCUUCCCCCCUUCGAUGCGGCGGUGCCUCCGGAGGAUCGAACCGUGAUGGGAGUGCUGUCCCUGAACAGCACCGCAGAUACGAACACGAUGGCGAUGGAGAGUGGGGACGUUGGCUCUCGGAACAAGGAAUACCGGCGGGGGCUUGAGCUUCCCGUUAAUUCCAAGGCCCUGUGUGGACGGGAGGUCGGGGCGAAGCUUGAGGUGGAGGAAGCGCUGUUGACAGCGCUUGCGGUGGUUUCGCUGCUGGUCCGCCACAGGAGUUCGGACAGAUCGAUCUGGAGGAUCCAGGAGGGGCUCGUGCAGUACCUUGCAACGAAAAGGCUCCUUUCCGACCUGUCCGUGUUGAUCUACCAGCUCCACGCGUUCUGUGCAACAGCAGCAUUGCCGACGACCGGAACGAGAACAAGAGAAGGACCGGCAGAAACGGGUAUUCCCACAGGGAAAAACCACCACGAUGGCAACAAGCGCCGCUCGACAAGCCCUACGGGAGGUGAGCUGUUGCCGCCACCUUUGUCUUUGACGACGGCAGCGGACAAGCAUUGUUCUCCCCGCUCCCGGUCUCAAUCUCCCGAUUCUUCCCGACGGCUGCCGGCGCGGCCGCUGCCGGUCCUCGUACUCCGGCGCAAGACGACCAUCGCCGGCUCGAAGCCGACGAGGUCGUUGUCGCCGCUGCCGUCCAGGCAUCCCCUGCUGCAGGUCGCCGGCCGCGUCGCCGAGCUCGUGACGGCGGUUGUGUCGCACUCACUCGUGCGCGCCGCCGGGCCAGCUACGGCCACAUGCCGGGCGGUAGAGGACCUGCGUCGCGGUGCUCUCGCCGCCCCGCCAACAGCACAUUCGCCUCCUCUGGCGAGGGGUCCCGCGGCCGGCGGCGCGGGGUCCCCCACCCCUGCCUCAGGAGCGGUCAGGGCGGUGGGAUCGCUCGUCUCGCUGGCGGCGGCGAUGGUGGGCACUGAAAAGGAGCGGCGGCAGCGCCAGCCGCCAAGUUCGGGGGUUGCCGUCUUGGGCGCGGAAAAGAAGGACGACGACGACGACUCGCGGCAGAGGCGCGACGACGCGGCCAGCCCGAUAGAAGCUAGUUCGACCGCUGCCACCGGCUCCCUGGAGACGGAGAAGGAGGGGGCGGCGAUACCCCUGUCGGAUGGACUCCUUUGCCUGUCGUCCGCGGCGGUGCAGGCUGCAAACCUAGCCUGCGUUCAGGACCUCGAGGCCGUGCAGGCUUCUUUGUCGGCCGAUGGUUUGCAGCCCGAGUUCUUGUUCCUAUGCGAUCACCUACUGGCAGAUCUGACCAACAGGAUAAGCGCUCAGGACGUUGCCCCGCCUAACUCGGAAACGACGGCGCCUGAGGGGUGCCUGGAAGGGGUGUUGACGCUGCUAGGGUACUUCUGUCUCGACAACAGAGAGCACCAGGAGGUGCUUCGAAGGGGGGGUCCGUUUCCUGCUAUUCUCUCGCGGCUGUGCGAUCUCCCUUUCCGGUACUUCUCGGAGCCGAGACAUCGAGCAGUGCUCUUGCCAACCCUCACGAGCAUCUGCCACGCGAACGCCGGGAACAUAAUCGCUGCGGAGGAAGAACUCUCCUCGGAGUUCUUGGCGGACUUCUUGGAGGAAAACUUGGAGGCGCAUCGGUCAGAUGAAGCUGCUGCCGCGGUUGCUGCGGCCGUUGGGGUUCAUGAGGAGGGUGGUGUUCGCUGCAUUCAUGCAACUCCGCCCCGCGAGUCCAACGGGCAGCGAAAUGGGAGCAACAUUGAUGCGGCGGCGGCGGCAACGACCAAGGGCUCGCAACAAACUGUGGCAUCCCCGUCCGAUUGGCGAACGCUUUCCCUCAGGUUUCCCCUGGAGCUGUGGGACGACGCCAUCUCUUUCUUUCGGUCGGCUCCUCGCUCCGAUCAGGAGACUCAAACUUGAAGUGUGCGGAGACCGAGCCGUCUUGCAUCGUGUGUGCUGUGUUGUGUGUGAUGUAUUGGUGGUGCAACGGCGGGCGAUGUACUUGCGUGCUGUGUGUGAGUACGUUUGGAAGAUCAAGGGUGUCGCUAUCUGGUGGAGUGCGGCACGCUCUCACAUCAAUCGAAGCAACCCACGAGAAAUCGAGCUUGACAGUCUUGGCACGUCGAAAAGGGACAGACACCACGCGCGACGACUGCCGCGUUCCUUUAAGAACAUCUGUUGAGCCAACUUUGUUCGAUGUACCAGUACAACGGUG